AUGCCAACGUGGUCAUGGGCAUUGAUUGUGAGUGGAAAUAUCGAGGAGUUUAAAAACUGGCUCGAAUUUAGGGAAAAGCAAGAAAAUGUCGAUUAA